AUGGAGAGGUCAGUGUGCCUUUUCAAACAAGCUCCUUCUAAUCUUACAAGUGUCCUCAAUCGUCUACUCAGUGAUCUUCAGAAGUACGUCUUGUGUUUGCAACAUGCACUUAGCCCCUCAUCCUCUAGCUGUAGACAUAAAGUAGGAGAUACAGAGGGCAAAUAUCACAAACUGCCCUCUGGAAACUGCUACAGAGUCUAUGCCGAUCAACAAAUGGAUUACGUGGCCAAAGGACCUCAAGGCCAACAUCUGGAAAUGACAGCGGCCAAAGAAACCAACAAUAACCAGAGUCCUUCCACCCCACCAGCCAAAUCUCCCAGCAAUCAGAGGGCAGUUAUCUCCCCUGAUGGAGAAUGUUCUACGGAUGACCCUUCCUUCUACGUCAACCGACUAUCUCCUCUGGUGAUCCAGAUGGCGCAUAAGAAAAUCAAGGAGAAGUUGGAAGGUGGAAGCAAAUGUCUUCAUCAUUCAAUCUAUCCACCCAGUGGGGACAAAGGGAAAAACAGCCCUCGUAGUGCUGUGAGCAAGAUCACUUCUGAAAUGGCCCGUGAUGCUGUGGAAGUGACCUCUACAAAAAGGCAGGGCACUGGGGAGGAGUGUAGGGAAGGUGGCCAAAAAACCUUUCUGUAUAGUGAAUUAUCCAACAAGAGCAAAAGUGGAGACAAACAGAUGUGCCAAAGAGACAACAAAGAAUUUUCAGAUUCGAUCAGCAAAAUGUUCAUGGCUUAUGCAAAUCAAGUGGCAUCUGACAUGAUGGUCUCUGUUAAGCAGAACUUGGAAGUUCAUAGCUCUGGGAAGCCAAUUCAAGCUUGUGUGGGCCCGAGGGUGCUGUUAAAACACAUCGAAGAAACUGUGUCCUAUUUGAUUGACUCCUGCGUGAAGUACCUACAUAAUAUCACCAGGGGCCUGAUGGCCAACUUUGUCUCAACUGUCAAGAGGAAUCUGUUCAACCAUGGGAAACAGAACACUGCUGGUAUCAUGGAGGCCAUGCUGAAGCGUCUUGUCUGUGCUCUUCUUGGGGAAAAAAAGGAAACUAAGUCUCAGAGUUCAUCAUAUGCAUCCUUGAAGGCUGGGUGCCAUGAUCCCAAAUGCAAGAACCAAAGUCUCGAAUUCUCAGCUAUGAAGGCCGAGAUGAAGGGAAAGGGCAAAGGCAAAAUGAAACCAGAGGAGUGCAAGUCAUUGACCAGUGCUGAGGAAGUCAGUGAACAUACCCUCAAGGAGAGCCUGACAAUGUGGAACCAAAAUCAAGGCAAGAUGGCUGGCAAAGCAUGCGCCAAUAAGGAGGAAAAGAGAGAGAAGAUCAGCCUUUCCAUGGAGUCACUGUCAAAGGACUUGAUUGCCUCUGCCCUUAGGCUGAUCCAAUACUAUCUGACCCAGCAGGCCAAGGGCAAAGAUGCAUUUAAAGACUACUGUCCUGGUUCUACCACUGGCUAUAUGACUCAGAGUGCCCAAUACAAAAAGUGCAGAGGUAGCCAAAGUGCCAAGGCACUUUCAAUGAAACAUCUAGAAUCUCGUGGAGCACCUGGAUCAUCCACCUCUCUAAAGGAGAAUCAACACCUGGACUCCCAGAGGCUGGAUAUGUCAAACAUCGUUCUGUCACUGAUUCAAAAACUGCUUAGUGAGAGCUCCUUCAACUGUGGAGAUCUAUGUGAAGGUGAGAACCAACAUUCUGAGCCCAGGACAGACAAAGGAGCCUCCAUGUCCAAGAGGCCUGACAAAGGGGAAGAGCAAUGCCAGGACAAUCAAGAGCCUGACUUUAUCAGUGGGAUGAAGCAAGUGAACCGACAAUUUAUAGAUCAACUGGUAGAAUCUGUGAUGAAGCUGUGCCUUAUCAUGGCUAAGUAUAGCAACAAUGGGGCAGCCCUUGCUGAGUUGGAAGAACAAGCAGCCUUGGCCAACAACCCCAACUACCAGGCCGGUGGCCCCAGAUGCAGUCAUGAUGCUGUGAUGUCACAGAACUAUCAAGACUCUCCUGGACCCGAAGUCACUGUCUAUAAUCAGCGCUCAACAAGUAGCUUGCAAAAGCAGCUCCAGGAUGUCCUGCAGUGGAUUGCAGCCUCACAAUUUAACAUACCCAUGCUCUACUUCAUAGGAGAUGAUGCUGGACAACUGAAGAAGCUUCCUGAAGUGUUAGCUAAAGCAGCAGAGAAGGGGUACAGUGUAGGAGAUCUUCUUCAAGAGACCAUGAAGUUCUUCAAGGAACGACUACUGGAUGAAGCCACGGGAAACGUGCCUAGAAAACAACAGCUAGACUGGCUGCUCACUAACCUGUGA